AUGCCCGCCAACGCCGUCGCGGAAAAUGUCCUCGGCACGAUGGGCACGAUAUGCUGGACAGCCCAGCUCCUUCCGCAGAUAUGGAAGAGCUGGCGGACGAAGGACACAGAGGGCCUCUCGCACUGGCUCGUCCUCAUAUGGACCUGCUCCUCCGCCUUCCUCGGCGUCUACGCGAUCGUGCAGGACCUCAACAUCCCGCUCAUCCUCCAGCCGCAGCUCUUUGGCGGCUUCUCGCUCAUCUCGUGGGGCCAGUGCCAGUACUACGGGAAAAAGCGCUCGCUGAAGACAUGCUUGCUCAUGGCCGCCGCCAUUGCGCUCGUGUUGGGCGGGUUCGAGGCCGGGAUGGUCUUCGCCGUGCGGCCGUCCUUCAACGCAGGCAACCAGCGCCCCGUCCAAUUCUUCGGUAUCUUCAGCUCCGUGCUCAUCUCCGCCGGCCUCCUCCCACAAUACUACGAGAUCUACAAGCACCGCGAGGUGAUCGGGAUUUCCACCAUGUUCAUGUUCAUCGACCUCAUGGGCGGCGUAUUCUCGGACCUGUCGCUUGCGUUCAAGGACCGGUUCGACGUCAUCGCGGGCGUCACGUACUCGCUCGUCAUCGUGCUGGACGCCGUGGUAGUGCUGUGCGCGCUGAUCCUGAACCCGCUGGCCCGCCGGCGAAGGCGGCGUGAGGCUACAGCAGCAGUGGAGCGGAAUGAGCAGGGACCCUCACCGCUUCCACCUGCGAGGGACGACGCCGCACGGACAGAGGAAGGCCGGCGGUCGAUCACGCCCACUCUCCACGACGAAGAAACGAAAACAUAAACCCGUAAGCUCAGCAUACGACGUUAAGUAUGUAUUGUACUAGUACUGUACCUAUUAUACCCGUAAGCUGCAGGAGGGUUAGUAAACUACGGGUAUGUGGGUAUAUGACUGCUACUCAUUUCAGCAAGCACGCGUAGCG